AUGUAUAACCAGCACAAAACCCACAAUAAAGACGGCGGAAGCACACAAAAGCCACAGCAAAAACCACUAUGGCAUAUGUACUGUGGAUUUCAUGCGUUUGAAGACAUUUGUCUUUGGACUUUUGGUGUUGAAAGCGCAUUCGAUUCAGCGGCUCUUUCCUUCGCGUCGCGCAGAGGACUGCGUCGGCCCCAACGAGGUGGUGAGCAGCAACCCGGUGCGGUGAAUUUGAAGCAAACUGUAGCUUGCCUUGUGCUGAACCGCAUAUGCCGUAUGUUUUUUUCCGAUUCCGGCAACAUCCAUCUUGAAUCUGUUUGCUCAGAGUACUGCGUGGGGAUCAACGAGGUGGUGAACAAGCCCGCAGACAUCGGCGAACAGAAGGGGGUCGACUUCGUGGAGCUCAAGAACGAGUGCGACGAGCGCCAGGACAUGACCGGAUGGGUGAUCAGCGACGAGGAGGGCAAGGAGUACGUCAUGGGGGGGGAGGGCUGCGAGGGGGUGCACGUGGUCGAGGGCAAGGGCUACCUGGUGCUGUUCAGGGACGCCCAGUGCUCGUUCUCCUUCGGGUACAAGAAGAACGACCAGGCGGUGCUGAAGGACGCCAGCGGCCUCCAGCUGGACAUUGCUCAGUGGUCCGAGGGCGACGCCGAUGAAGGCUUCUCCUGGUCCAGGGUCCCCGACGGCAGCGGCGCCUUCCAAACCAGCCUGCCCACUCCGGGCGUCGAAAACGUCGCGGCCUGA